UUUCAAUGUUAUUUGUCAGCUCAUAUAGUAAACAGAAGAAGUCAAUGGAGUCUGUCACCUAUCAGCCACAAAGAAGUGCCGCCAUUAAGAACCAUGACCAGUUUGUAAAGCAGAAUUUAGGUUGUGCCAGAAACAUGACUCGUAAAAGAAGUGGCGUUUGGGAUUAUUUUAAUGACGUCUGCCCCGAAUCGGUUGUGUGCCUCCUGUGUAGAACUUCAAUGUUUAAACACGAACAGGGCAGCACCACGCGGAUGUUGAGACAUCUGCGGACCCAACAUCCAACCGAAGCGGCGGCCAUGGCCGCUAAAAAACAAGGCCGGGGAACCACCAUUGUCUCCAGUGUCGGAAUGCAGCCCAUGGAAACUGGCGAAGCACAAGUGGAGGUGGAACUGGAGGAGGGAUAUUCUGACCUCGCCACUGUGAAUGAAGAUGACAUUGAUUCUGCUAUAAAUGGCAUCCUUGUAGCUGUACAAGGAGGGGAGCCCGUGAAAGAAAGGCCAAAAGAGGCAGUAGUUGCCGUCGUUAGAGGGGAACUCCCGUCAAGCGGUAAAUGCCACCGUCGCAGCUUGAUCUGGAAACAUUUUGAACCUUUGGGCAGUUUGAACGCUGCUCAAUGUUUGAUUUGCAAGAAGAAGAUAAUGUGCUCUGAGGGCAAGACGAGCAACUUGUACCGACACAUGUCAAAGACCCACCCACAGGUGAACCCACGAGGAGGCAAAGCUGUGAAUGAAGCUGACACUGAUUCUGAGAUGAACGGUAUCAUCAGAGCAGACCAAGGAGAAUGUGUGGUAGAAAGACAGGAAGAAGAAAAAGUCAUGAUUGAAAAUCUGCUCAGUUCAACGAGUAAAUGCCACCGCCGUAGCUCAAUCUGGAAACUUUUUGAGCCUUUGGGCAGUUUGGAUGCUGCCCAAUGUUUGCUUUGUAAAAAGAAGAUGAAAUGCCCCGACGGCAAGACGAGCAACUUGCAUCGACACAUGUCAAAGACCCACCCACAGGUGCAUCGGCGAGCGGGCAAGGCACUCAAGCUAACAAAACCCAGCUCACCCUCACAGAUUUCCAGUGUUCUUCAGGAGACAUGUCCAGUUGAGUUAACGGAAGAGGGAGAAAUCGCAGACAUGAUCCAAGUUUCAAAGGCAACUGCGGCAGAGAGGCGCAUUUUCAGAAGGGAGCGGGAGUUGAUCGAAGCUUUAAGGAGGACGCAGAGGGAGGAGGCGAAAGCUCUGGAGCAUCAGCGGGAGCUGAUCGAGAGUCUGCGGGCAGUCAACGCCAGAGAGGCCGCUGCAGAGAAGAAGCAAAUUGAGUCUCUCAGGAGAACACAGCAGGAGGAAGCCAAAGACUUAAUGAGACAGAGAGAAGAGCUGGAGACAGAAAGUGCAGAGCAGAAGAGGAGAUGGGAGGAGCUUGAGCAGGAAAAGAAACAGUUGCUCUUGCUUUGCAACGAACCUGCAGCUCCAACCUUGGUUUCCCAAGAAUGAGCUUUUUAUUUAAUUUUUUUUUUUUUUUUUUUUUUUAUUGUACCGUACCAAUGCAAACAUCCAAGGGCAUUAACAUAAACUACUCACGGAAAGCUGUGAUAUUUAGAUUUCGGAUUACCUUUCAGAAUUAUCCUAAAAUGCACUGUAACCUGAAUAAGUGAAAUGAGGCAUGAGACGCAUAAAGACGAUCCGGCUGUUUUUUUCCAGAUUUUCCCCCUUCCCGACUAGGGAUGUCAAACACCAGACCAUCGUAUGUCUUAGAAGUCUUAUUCUCUUAAGUUAUCGUUAGGGCUGAGGUCUGUUAAGAGUGUAUUGGUUCCGAUUAUAGGGUCCGAAAUGGGUGGGGGCCCACAAUUCUAAAUAUUGAACAUGUUCAAUAUUUACAAUAUUUGAUGUUAGUGAGUGAGUCAAGCCAAGCCAACCUGACCCCAUUAAUUGUGACGUGGAACAGAUUAUAGCCGUUCAAGAAGCGCCCUGACUCGGGACCAAGGAAGACACUAUCAAAAACAUGUCUUACAGGAUGUCAUUAGUGGGGGUGGGGGUCUUGUAUAUUGCUGUAUUUUCCAAUCAUUUAAAAUAUUUAUUUUGACAUCAUCGCAAUUUUACAACACUCCCCGCCUCUUUGACAAAUAUUGGCGCAUAUACGGAAAUAUCUGCUCGUCUUUGUUUUUGUGAGAUCAUGUGAGAUUUCUGCCUCGGAGGGCUUGUUUGUAGACAGCUGGGGGAAACAGAAACUUUGUUGUGUGGUGCUCUGUUUUGAAAUUAUCAGUGCACACCUCACAUAGUAUGACCAAAACUGUCAAAUGCCUAAUUAUUAUUAUUAUUUUUUUAUCUUCAUGUUCGGGGUCUGUCACGUUUAAGAUUGUAAAAAUCCUUGUGUGUACCAGGCCUAAAUUUGUGCUUCUCUAAACUUUUGAA